AUGGGCAAACUCUACAUGAAGAAUAAGGACAUGUCAAGGAUUCAAGCUCAGGGCUUCCACCAUGGUUGGGCCGUCCGGAUACCGGUUGAGCAAGGGGAGAGCCGAAGGGGGGCUGGGAUGAUUGAUGAACGGGCUCUCAGAGACCAUUAUAUUAUUAUUAUUGGGUGCUUGCAUUUCUCCGCAGCAGAGGAUUCGGAGAAGAUGGCGCCUAUAAAUAUACAGAUCGUAAUAAAAGAGCAUCGUGUUUAUGCUCCGCCGUAUUUACCACUCCAAGGGCCAAUAUUAAAUAUUCACGCAGUGGGUUCAGGAAGAGCACUCUCCUCCAUGGCCUGA